AAAUAAUGUAAAAAUUUUUUAAUGGAUCGUUGUAAGAAAUUUUUUGUCAGAAGACAUACUGAGCUUCCUGAACUUUCUCUUGAUGGUUUAGAAACUGAACUUGAAAGAAAAGAACGAUGGAGAAGUAUCUAUAUGAUUUAUUUUACCAUGUUCUUGAUGUCACUUGGCUUCAGUAUUAUUCUUACUGGAGUUUGGCCAUACUUAGACAAAUUGGACCCAACUGCAGGAAAAGAAUUUAUGGGUUAUGUAGUAGCAGCUAAUCCACUUGGGCAAAUGUUAUUUUCACCUCUAAUAGGUUGGUGGGGUAAUAAAAGAGGAUCAGUAAGGUUGCCACUUUUAAUAACUUUAGCAUUGUUUACCGUUGCAUCAGCAGCUUAUAGUAUUCUUGAAAUGAUACCUGGUGAUAAAAAAAGCUACAUGCUCAUUGCUAGAUUCUUUGUUGGAGUUAGUUCCGCUAAUAUUGCUGUAGCAAGAUCUUACCUAUCUGCAGCUACAAAACUUUCAGAACGUACACAUGCAGUUUCUAUGGUAUCUCUUGCACAGGUUCUAGGUUUUGUAGUAGGUCCUGGAUUACAAGCUGCUGUAACACCUCUUGGAGAUCAUGGUGUAAUAUUUAUGAUGCUACCUUUAAACAUGUACACGGCAGCUGGUUGGAUUAAUGUAAUAAUGGGGAUUUUUAAUUUUAUCUUCUUGUUACCAUGGAAUUUUAAAGAACGUAAGAUUGCCAUAAAAGAAGCUAUGCGUUGUGAGGGUAAAACUACAGGUAUGUAAUAAAUCUAUAUGUUUAUAUUAUAUCUUAAAGUUUGAUUAUAAUUAUAUCUUGAAGUUUGGUUAUAAUUUCGAAUAUUUAAUAAUCAGAAAGAAUUGAUCAAUAGAAUUAACACAAUAAUUGAUUUUAUUCCAUUUUUAUAUUAUAAAUUAUCAAUACUAUAUAUAUCGGUAUAUAUAUAUAUUCUAAUGAGCGUUGGAGCUGUGAUAGCUUGUAUUACAUUUACCAUGAUAGGACCGCUUUGUAAAAGAUUUGAAGAACGUAAAAUAAUGCUAUGGGGUGUUUUUUUCAUGAUAAUUGGACGAGUACUAUGUAUUCCAUGGGGUCCCGAUCCCCCUAAAAUUGCAGAUUUCGGACCAUAUAACAAUAUAACGGAAGAUGCCAAUGGUACAGAAAUUGUAGGAUGUCCUAUUACUCAGGAAUGGUGCCUAUACACUCCACAAAUCACGAUUACUCAAUUUCUUAUCGGUUAUGGAUUUACAUCCAUAGGUUAUCCUUUAGGAGUUACUUUGAUACAAACUAUAUUUAGUAAAAUUCUCGGCCCACGUCCACAAGGCGUAUGGAUGGGUCUAAUGACAGGUGCAGGAUGUGCAUCUCGUGGUUUAGGCCCUGUAUUUGUAAGUUACAUUUAUACUCGCUUAGGAACAUAUCAUAUUUUUGGUAUUACUGGCUUAAUGCUAAUUAUUUCCAUGAUAUGGCUACAAAUUGUGAAUAAGCGUUUGAUUGCACCAGAAUUAAAGAAAAAUGUUCAGUGCAAUGAAGCACCAAAUAUGCAAAGAAAAGAUGUCGAAAUUCCAUUAGUUCAUUUAAGAUCUGAUAAUAUUCAAACAUCACAUGAAGCUGUAUAGUUUAAAGGAACAUCAGUAAAUUGUGAUAAUGAAAGUUAUAUGUUGAGAAAAAAAUUUAUCUUUUUGUGAAUGCAAUGUGCAACUGCCAUAAUUAAUUUGUUUAAUUAUCAAGAAACAUUAAGAUAGCAAUACAAUAAUCUAUAUUUUUUAUAUAUGUGUAUGUUAGAAUGUUGUUUUCAGAUUAUUACAUUCUUUAAAUGUAUAGAUAUUUUACGCAAAGUUAUAUAUUUUACUAAAUAUGAUCAAAAAAUUGAUAUUUUAAUAUAAUUAUAAAU